UCGCCGCCGAUCCAGCUGUUUAUCUGUCAUAAAGCUCUGUCAAAAUCCAUCAAAACAAACUAAUUUCUAUUGAUUUCUGCGUUAAGACUCGAAACAUUUAUGAUGACUGCGCCAAUGGAGCGAAUCCAGGUCCUCGACUCCAUCGAGAAGGACAUAAUCACGUGCCUUCACAGUGCAGGUCAAGUAUUCGUCGAGCUCAGUAAGGAAAAAUCCAGCCUGAAGCAAGCCGAAAACCACACACAAACGUUCCUCAAGACACUAUCGUCCGUCGAAAAUAAACUAACGGAACAAAUCAACUAUCUAACUCAGGUUUCGACAGGGCAGCCCCACGAGGGUUCGGGUUAUGCCUCACAGAAAGUUUUACAAAUGGCGUGGCAUAGGUUAGAGCAUGCACGGUCGCGAGUCAAUGAAUUGGAGAGGUUAAAACUGAAGCAUAUACAAGGGGGGAGGAGGAAUAUCCCCCCGAAUGGACAAGGAUUCGGAGGGAGCGUACCACCAGGGUCAACAACAUAGUUUUGUAAAUUUAUUAAAAAUAUAGCUUUUGUAAAUGGCA